AUGGUUGUGGGCGGGGGCCUCUGCUUGUGGGUCUCGCGAAGCCCUCGACGCGAGCACCAGAUCGUCACUGGUGUUCCAGUGUCUUCAUGCAGCACCCACGAUGGCUCCGACGAGCAGCCCGACCUCGUCCCCGACGCCCAGUCCGACGAGCAGCCCGACAAGCAGCCCGACCUCCAGUUCGACCGCGUCCCCGACGUCCAGGCCGACGAGCAGCCCGACCUCUGGUCCUUCCUCGCCCCCGACGCCCAGCCCCACGCCUUCGCUGACUGCGGCCCCGACGAGCAGCCCGACAAGCAGCCCGACCUCCAGUCCCACCGCGUCCCCGACGUCGGUCCGACGAGCAGCCCGACCUCUGGUCCGUCCUCGUUUUUCCCAGGGAGUGUGGCGACGAGUUCGGCCUUUGGCGAUUCCCAUAUGAAGGAUGUAUUUGGCGAGCGUUUUGAUUUGAUGGCGCCAGGCAACCAUGUUCUCAUCAACAUCCCUCGUGGAGAGCGCGCUGAAAAAAAAAAUCUGCUUCGCGUGCAGGCCGAUGCACGCCGAUUGGGUAAACAGUGCACGGUUCCGUGUUUCCAAGACUUGAACGUGACCGGGUCUUGGGCAGAGGCAAAACAAGCCGGAGAUUUGUUCGUCACAGCGCAUCGCAGAGCGAUGUCGAGGUUCCUAAGUGGGUUAGUUUUGAUAAGAUAA